CCUCCCAACGUGAACUUAACCAAAAUAAUAAGUGCUUCUCGGCAAAUAAGGAAAAACUUAGAUGGAAAGAGUAACACUGUCAGUACAGAACAUAGAACUUUUCUUGGGCACAAUCAAUCACAUAAGGAAAAAGAAGAUAUGACAAAUUCCCUUCCUAAGCCUUCAUCCCAAGCCCAGUGCUCCCCUCAUCCUGUUCAUCCUUCUCUGGGCUCCUUUUCAAAGUCUACCCAGGUGAUGACUGCUCUUCUGGGCAUUAACAAGGAAGAAUCAACUGAAUCAGAGGGGGAAGAAAAGGAAGAUGGUAUAUUAAUUGACAGUGGUACUAGAGAGCAAACAUCUCCUGAAAUUCCAAAUCUUGCUAAUGAAGUUCAGGCUCACAAUACAUCAGUGAAUUGUGCUGUUAGAAAAGAUUUGAUGUCAGCAUUAGGAUUGGAAGAAGAAGAUGCAGAAUCACCUUGGGAUUCAGAGUGUGCCACUGAAAGUCUCCCCAAAGGAUCUGCCAGGCAUAAACCUGCAUCCACAAAUCAGACAAUAAAAGACAGUAUUUCAAUGGGACAACGUGAAGAUUUAUUUUAUAUACCUUCUUUCAUGAAUGGAUCAAGAAACUUUAAGGUGGAUAAACUAAUGGAUACAAGAAGUAUAGACAUUCCAGUAGGCAACGUAGAUUAUCUUGAGAGACAUCCUCAUUUGAAGCCCAUUCAACCCAGUAUUGAAAUGAAAGAUUCUUUCACAAACCAAGAAGUAGAAAAAGGAGUUAAGGGAAAUAAAAAGUCAAAUAUAAUGGAAGGAUUUGGUUUGGAUGAUGCAGAUGACAUUGAUGAUUUAACACAAGAAUUGGAAUUUAAAGGAUCAUCAGAAGACAGCCAAGGAAGGUUUGAUAAAAGUGACCCAGAACAGGAUAAAGUUACUCUAGAAACAGCCAACAUACCAGAACAAGCAGCACCUAAGAAACACGUAAAGCCACUUAGUUUUCCACUUUCUCUGAAAAGAAUUUCUCAAGGACUGGAACCCAAUAAGGAAUCUAAUAGUGGUGACAUGAAUUUAGAUACAGAUCCAAAUUGGGAAGAAAGGUAUGAAAAAAUGUGGGUUGAACAGGAGAAAAUGCAAGUCAAAAAGAAUUUUAAAAUUGUUACAACUGAGUUAAAGCAGAUAUUUGGUGAAAUUUAUGAAAAGGACAAAAUUGCUGCUCAGCCUACGGAGAAUUUACAAGAAGAGGAUCCACAAGAUGUCUUUGAAGAGGAAUCAAAACAGUUACAGGAAGCAUCCCCUAAUUUGGCAAAUAACUCAAGUGGUACUGAGGAAAUGGAGAACUAUGGAGGCCCUCUCACUGUAGGAGUUCAGCCAUUUCCUGAACAAUGGGAUUACAAUCUGGAAAAUGCUGUUUUACAGAAUUUAAAGCUCACUUUCCAAGAAAAUUUUCUUCAGUCAUCUUCUAAUCUAUGCUCAGAAAGUAGCAACCUACACCAUAAGAAUGAUAAUAAGCCAGAAAUUGAAUGUCCUUGCAGUUUAAAUGAAGAUGUUGCUUAUGAUGCAGAACACAUAAAAAUAGCUGGCUCACAAAUAGCUAUAAAUGAAAUGAAGGAAGAUGGAGCAUUUGGUAUACAACUGGCAGGAAGUCUGAACAGAAAUACCACAAAUUUGGAACCAGAUUCAGGACAUUUGCUACAACUAAGUGGUCUAGGAAGCCAUUUUGGUGCCCAGUUUACUUGCUCUGAUGAUAUGAAAUCAAUCAUCCAAAAAAAGAAAGCCAAACUUAUUACUGCAACAAAACUUAAUGAGAAAACAAAACUAAAAGAAAACUUAUUCCAGAAUAGUGAUCAUAAUGCCAGUAAUUCUACAAAUGAGCAAAGACAUUGGAGACACUCCCUUCCAUAUAAUGACAAAAUAUCACAAAUGCACCUGGACGAAGAAUUAAAUCAAGAUAUGCAAAGAUUUAAAAAUGAGUUAGGAGUAUUGCAAGUAGAGUUCCUGGCUUUGGAGAAAGAAAAAAUACAACUACAGAAAGAGGUUGAAGAGGAAAAGAAAAAGCAUCAGUAUAAUGAAAAUGAAACAUUGGAGGAAAGAGACAGUGGUAAAUUAAGUGAAAAUAGAACGAUUGGCAAAGUUAAUGACCUGUUUUCUAUGGAGAGCAAUCAAGAUGGUAAAGAUGAGGAAAAUAAAAUCCCUGGGGCAGAAAUUCCAAUAAAGAGCAUUUCUUCUUCCAAGCAAAGUUCAGCACCUAUGCACUAUCUUUUAAAGGGCAAUGAUUCUGUCAUGCAUAUGAAAGAAGUAAAAAAGCCUCAAAAUGAUAAGUGGAUUUCAGAGGCUCCUGGUAUUAUUUCAUCUUGUGAAAAGGUGAAUUCCUUAGUUGAUAUCCUAGUCCAUGGUCCUGAAGACAGCAGUUUAAGUGAAGCAGAUCAUGAUGAAGAAAGGCCUGCAAAGAAAACAUUGAAUGAAAAGAAUAAGGACAAAGUACAGAUGGAUGCAGAUGAUGUUGAUGACCUCACUCAGUCAUCUGACACAGCUACAGAGGAUUAUGAUUUACCUCCCUUAAACUAUAAGAAUGUUUUGUUAUUGAUUGAACAACUUGGUGUUGAUUGUAAAGAUCCUAUGAGCCUUUUGAAAAUUGAGGAUGCAGUUCUUAGAUAUGAACGAUCAGUAGAACUUAAAAAAGGACAUUGUACACUACUCGCCGGAAAAGUUAAGAGUUUAGAAAACAAGAUUACUGGCCUACAGGAAGAAUUAUUGGAAACAAGAGAAAUGAAAUCCCAGUUAGAGCAUCAAAAAGCAGAAUGGGACAGAGAACUCUGUAGCCUCAGGUUUACACUGAAGCAAGAGGAAGAAAAGCGAGUGACUGCAGAAAUGCUAUUUGAAAAGAUUAGAGAACAGUUAAGAAGAAAAGAAGAGCAGUAUAAUAUAGAAGUGGAGCUGAAACAGCAACUUGAAUUCACUCUCAGAACUCUGGACCUUGAACUGAGAACAGUAAGAAAUCACUUGAAACAGGUUGAAGAAGAGCGAAAUGACACUCAAAGACAACUUUCUCAGGAGCAGAGUGCCAGAGCUUUGCAAGCAAGAAUUCUGAAUAAUAAUCUUUGGAAGCAGAAAGAAAUAGAAGCAGCUGCUUCCAAAAUGGUUCAGACUUCUGAGGUUCCUGAUAGUCAUGAAAAAGAAAAAUAUCUGCUGCAUAAAAAUCAGACUCUACAGGAUGAAGUUGCCAUGCUCAAACUGGAACUAGACACAGUAAAAAUUAAGGAUCAGGAAAAAGAAAACCAAUAUACAGAAGAAAAUGAAGUUUUAAAAGAAAAGAUUGAUGAGCUUCAAAAGGAAUUAAAACUGAAUGAAGAAGCAUUAACAAAAACAAUAUUCCAGUACAGUGGACAAGUAAAUGUUCUGACAACUGAGAAUACAAUGCUAAACUCUAAAUUGGAGAACGCAAAACAAAACAGAGACAGACUAGAGACAGAACUUGAAUCAUACCGUUCCCGUCUGACUUCUGCUAUUCUUGAUCAUGAACGAAGUCAGACAUCAAAACUAGACCUUGAACAUAGCUUUCAGCGAGAACGAGAUGAGUGGCUUCGUUUACAGGACAAACUAAAUCAUGACUUGUCUAGUCUAAGAGAGAACAAUGGUGUCCUUUCUCAAGAGCUCUCUAAAGCUGAAAGUAAAGCUAAUAGUUUAGAAAAUGAGCUACACCAUGUCCGAGAUUCCCUCAGGGAAAAGACACUAAUUUUAGAAAGCUCACAGAGAGAAUUAAACCAGGCCCAAUAUAAAGCAAAGGAUCUGGAACACACAAGUCAAAUAGAAAAGGAAAAACUGAACAAAUACAUUGUCAAACAUGAAUCUAUCCAAGAAAGAUUAGCCCAAAUCCAAAGUGAAAAUAUGCUGCUUCGACAACAGCUGGAAGAUGCCCAAAACAAAGGCAUCAUUAAAGAAAAGGUAUUGAGUGAUGCCCAGGUACAGUUUAUUGAUCUCUUCAAUAAACUUCGUGCUGAUACUGAAAAACAAGUUCUUAUGGUAGAAGAGAGAAAUAAAGAGUUAAUCACUGAAUGUAACCACUUAAGAGAGCAAAUGUGUAAAUAUGAAAAUGAGAAAGCAGAAAGAGAGGCUACAGUAAGAAAGCUUCAACAAGAACUUGCUGAUUCCCUGAAAAAACAAUCCAUGACAGAAGCUUCACUAGAGGUUACAUCACUUUAUCGAAAUGAUUUAGAAGAUAAGAAAAAACAACUACAGAAGGAAAUAGAUGAAACCAAAAAUAAACUUAAUACUGAAAGGGAAAAAUUAAAGAAACUCAUUGAAUUAAAGCAAUCUCUGGAAAAUCGUCUAGAACAAGAAAUGAAGAGAAAUGAUGAAUUACAGAGAGACCUCAGUGGAUUUGAAAAACUGUUGAAAACAACACAAAAGAAAUUAAGAGAAUAUGAAAAAGGAGAUGUUUAUGAGGGGGACCUGAAGCAAACACAUUCUGACAUGGAUAGACAAAUUAGUAGGUUAAAAAAUCAGAUUGAAGACCUUACACAACAAUUGGAAGCAGCAUCUUCAAAAUGUGAACAGUUGGAAUCAAUUAAUCAAAAUCUUCAAGAAGAGUUAUUUUCUAUGAAAAUCUGGCAAAAGAAAUGUGACAAGCUAGAAGGGAAUAAAAGACAAUUGGAAGAAGAAGUAGUUAAUCUUAAGCAUCGUUUGGAAAUUUCUAAGCUAGAACACAGUCAAAUAGAACAAUACAAACGUGAGAUUGACGAACGAGCAAGGCAGGAGAUUGUCGAAAAACUAAAAGAAGUCAACUUAUUCUUACAGAUACAAGCAGCGUCCCAAGAGAACUUAGAACAAUUAAGAGAAAAUAACAAUUCUUCAAUAAGAAAUGAAAUGGAACAGCGAAUUAGAGAUCUGGAAUCCGAAGUCUCCAAAAUGAGAAAGUCACAUCAAGACUCUUCUGAGGCAGAGCUAAGGAGAUAUAGACAGCUUUACUCUGAAGAAUUAAAAAUCAGAAAAUCAUUGUCAAACAAAUUAGAUAGAACUACUGAGAGGCUAACUGAGGUGAGUGCCCGACUCCUGAAUGAAAAACAAAAGAAUAAAAUUUUAAUCACCAGUUUUGCUACAAGUCCAGUUCUGGAGCAACCACAUGUUGGGGAUGUUAAUACAAGUAUGGUAGUCAGUAGAAAUCUUAUUCCAAGAGGAAAUUUAGCAUAUUCUCCUGGAAACAUAUCAUCUUCAAAAAGCGGAGUGGAGGACUAUUUGGCAAAGAUGCGGCAGGAGUUGAAUAAAAGUAUAGCCAGGGAACUUGAUGAAGCUGGAUUUACUAAUGAAUCUUCAAGAAUGCCAAAUCUGAAUCAGGAUCCUGUUUCCCUAGCAACUCAGGAAUAUUUAGAGGUUUUAAAGAAAAAUUACAUGCUGUAAAGGAAGAAAUAAUGUUCAUUUAUGAAAUGAACUAUGUUUACACAGUAUUUAAUAGUUUUCCAUUAAAUAUAUAAAUGUGAAAAAAAAUCUAAUUAUUAGAAAAUGUGUUGUGUCCUAAGUUUUACUAUAUAUUGUGUGUAUAUAUGUAAAUAUAUUUGUAUAGUUCGUUAAAAACUUUAUUUCUUCAUAUUUGUAACACUGCCCCCCAAAUUGUUAUUACAGUGACUCUAGAAACCACUAAAUUGACCCUAAUACUUUAGUUAUCUAUCUUUGAACGUCGUACUGUGUUUUCUAUUUAAUAUCAUUGUGUGUAGACCUAAGCAUUUAGUAAAUGUAGGCAGAAUUAUUUAUAUAUAUUGCCAUUAUUUCUACUAUCGGUAUUUGAAUUUUAAUAUAUCUGUAACAGUGCCAUAAAAUUUAU